CUAAAAUGUGCCAACUUGACGUAAAUUCGAAAUUAAAAAAAUAAAUGAGGAAGAUAAAAAAUAUGCUUUAUUAUUAUUUCACAUAAUGAUAAUAAACUCAAUGUUGAAAAUACAGUUUUACUGGAAGAUGCGGUGGCAGUUAGAAUAUUAUCCAGUUAUCAAUUCUGUGAUAAAACCGUAUUCGGGUGAUACGAAAUUAUAGCCAGUGACGAAUACUUGUUUUGGAUUAUUUAUCAAACACAGAGAGUAGCAUUUCGUAAUAGAAUAAUUAAAAUUGAUUAUAAUGACUUUAUUUAAACAUUCCACUAGACCCCAGCAAACAUUCUGUCAAUCUGAAAGUAAGCUGUGUGUCAAAAUUUCAGUGCAGAUAUUUGUCUUUUAAUACAUGGACUGCUAAAGAAACUAUGGCAGAGGAAGUAAAAGCCGUUUUAAAAAAUGCAGAUGCUGUCUGUUUUGAUGUGGACUCGACUGUUAUUAGAGAGGAAGGUAUAGAUGAACUUGCCAGGUUCUGUGGAAAGUACAAGGAGAUAACAGAACUCACGACAAAAGCUAUGGGAGGCGGCAUGACAUUCCAAGAAUCUCUUAAAAUGAGACUGAGCAUUUUGAACCCUACAAGAAAACAAGUCGAUGAGUUCAUACGAACCAAGCCUGCUACUUUAACUCCUAACAUUGACAAAUUAAUCGCAUUGCUACAGAGGAAGAGAAUACCAGUUUAUCUUAUUUCUGGAGGAUUUAAAUGUAUCAUUGAACCCAUUGCACAAAAACUGAACAUUUCCGAAGAGAAUGUAUUUGCCAAUAGGAUGAAAUUUUAUUUCAAUGGCGACUACGCAGGAUAUGACGAAAAUGCCCCGACAUCAAAAAGUGGUGGCAAAGCUGUGGCGAUUCAACACUUGAAAGACACCAAAAGAUACAAGACUGUAGUCUUGAUUGGUGACGGGGCCACCGACUUGGAAGCAUGUCCUCCUGCAGAUGCCUUUAUAGGUAUUCGGAAUUUGAAAUGUAUUUUUCGAUAUUAAUUUUUGAAUUUUUUAGGAUUUGGUGGAAAUGUUAUCAGACAUACAGUGAAGGAGAGGGCAAAAUGGUUUGUUACAGAUUUCAAUGAUAUUAUCAAUGUGAUAAAUUAAGAUGUAUAUGUUUGUUGUAAAUAAAAGUCUAAUGUCCUGUUUUUAACAA